GAUUAAAUGGUUUUCAUUGUUUGAUAGCCCUAGUUAUAAUAGAUAAAUAAAUAAAUAUAAUUCAUCAGACUUAAAUCUGGCUGAUUAAUAGGGAGCAGAAAAUGGCCACCCUAUAAACGUUUGCUCAUUUGCAGGCCUGGGAAAACCACAUUAAGCAGAACUAAACAGAGUUAAAAGUUGGGUUAAACUGUACCUUAAUAGUGUGUGCAAACUGAUAUUGCGGUUGAUUUGAUCGAUUUUGUUAACACUGCAUUUAGUCAUGAGUCAGUUUUUAAGUUAUCCUUAAAUGAAGCAGCUAAAAUUGAGGAAUUUAUGACUAAUGUUAUUGGUUUGCAUUGUUUUAUUAUAGAUACUGAUAUUGCAGAACGGCAGAAACUAGUAGAUUCAGAAAAUAUUACGGGAUCAUCGCAGGACGGUCCCCACAUUAUUCAUUGUAUUUAAUCACAUUUUCAUAGUCCCACAAAAUGCAGAUGCCCUUGUCACACAGUUAUUUAAGAACACAGGAGUUUUCUAGUUGUUCACUUGGUAACAUGCAACUUCUGGUGAAUAAACUCCCCAGUAUCAGUGCUGGUGGUCGAACAUGGCUGGCUGAAUUACAAAAUUUAACCAAAGGCUCACAACUGGCUCUCGGUGAGUUUAGAGCCAUUUUAAGACUUUCUGUGUCUGCGCCUGUAAUAACGGAUAUUGAAAAGGUUGCUCAAACGUUUCAUAUGCCUGAUGAAACUUUAUUGUCUUCAGUAAUUUCUUCCUUGGAAGUUGCAAUUGUACAACACUUUCCAUUGUCCACAUCAAUUGAGCUUCCUAAAUUUGACUGGAACCCACGACAGCGUCCUGCAGAUUACAUAACUCAAGCUGCAGAGACAUGGAUCAAACACACGGGUGUGGAUCCUAAAACAAAUUGCUCCAAUCUGGGUGAAUUAUUUAGAGGGGCAGUUUUGGAUGGGGUUCCUUCUUUAGUGUCCCUGCUUAUGAAACAAAAUCCUGAUAUACCUGGGUGUUCGUAUGCUCGCUGGGAAACCUGUUUGAUCGACUAUUUGCAUGUGGCUCAAAGGGAGGACAGGAAGUCGAAGCAGGACUUAGAGGACUUGCAACUUCAAUUACUUAAAUUACAGUUACUAGAAGCAAAGCGGAAAGUGACCAAGAGAAAGCAGGAGCUGACACAAAGAACUGUCUCUGCGGGUGCAUCAUGUGGUGCUCAGACCCUGACGGUUCCACCACAGUCUAAUUUCAUUCAAGGAGGGGGGCCACCUCCUCCGCUUUUCUGUUCUGUAUUUGAUUCCAGAUUUGCUGUUCCUGUGUAUGGACGCGGAUCUCAUUGUGACAGUCAGUGCAGACAUGGAGACAGGACCAGGAGACCGAGUAGACGGGGCGGACAUGUCAGAACUUUUCGACCAUCUACAGACAUCUGCUUUAAAUGUGGUCUCUCUGGGCACUGGGCCAGGGACUGUUUCGCAUCACUAAAUCCUGGCAUGAAAUCCUGGCAUGAGCUCCCAUCCGGAAGGUCAGUACCCCAGAAAAGGGAUAACGCUCCCAUGAACAAUGUUUCCUCACCCUGGAGAAGUGGCCAGCGCUCAUGAACAGCGCAGAUCCCAAGCUGUCAAGGGAAGUGACUGUAUGAAUUUUUGCGCACAUUGGAGCCACCUGUUUCAUCAAACACUGAGUUGUGGACUGAGACUUUGUCACUGAGGUGCUUGCUGAGACGUUGCAGCGACCUACUGCCACACUGGGGGAAGAGAUGUACAGUUCCAUGCAUGGAAGCCUUUGAAUAUGAAGUCUCACCUCCAUCUCGUGUUUGCUUGAUCUGUCACAUGUCAUUCCGGGUCCAUCUCAGGUGCCGCAGCCUGGUAUCAAACAUUUUUUAAGCUUCCAGGUAAAUGGAUUGGUGCAGGUGAUAAAUUCUUAAGGCAGCCGAUUGAGCAGAUACGAACACUACAGGUUUGCGGUUUUGAAAACUAUACUACUGUCUCUUAAAUUU